AUGUUCGCCGCUCGCCGUCUCACCGCUGGCGUUCCCCGCGCCUUCUCCCAGCGGGCCCUGUUCCACAACACUGCUCCAGCUUUCGUCCAAAAGGGGGACUCCAUCCCCAAUCUUGAUGUCCUGGUUGAGGACUCUCCCGGUAACAAGGUCAACCUCGCCAAUGAACUCAAGGGAAAGGGCGUCGUUGUCGGUGUUCCCGCAGCCUUCAGCCCUGCUUGCUCCAGCUCCCACGUCCCCGGAUAUAUCAACCACCCCAAGCUCAAGGAAGCUGGCCAGGUCUUUGUUGUGUCGGUCAAUGAUCCUUUCGUCAUGAAGGCGUGGGCCGCCUCUCUCGACCCCUCCGGCAAGAGCGGUAUCCGCUUCCUGGGCGACCCUACCGGCAAGUUCUCCGAGGCGCUCGAUGUCACCUUCGAUAGCUCCUCCAUCUUCGGAAACCACCGUAGCAAGCGCUACGCCCUGCUGGUCGAGAACGGCAAGGUCAAGGAGGCUUUCGUGGAGCCCGACAACACUGGACUCGACAUCUCCGCCGCCGAGAAGGUCCUUGCUUAG